UUCCCUCACUCUGAACGUCUGUCAACAACAGCGACAACAACAUCACUUGCAUGAUUAUUGAUGACAUCGCAGAUUCCCUCACGUAUCCAAGUGCCUCUCGACUGGUGAAAGAUCAACGCAUAGGCGCACUCUUCAGAAGUCUACCUCAAGUUUUCCUGGUUUGGUAACUUGGGCUCUUUUCUUCGGGAGGCGGGAGUGUUUUUUUUUAUCUCCCUGGAUGCUGGUUCCUGUCUAGUCCAGUGGCUACCCUAUCAAGACUAACCUUCCACGAAUUGGAAUACAGGGCAUUUUUACUCAUAAUUUUCCCCAGUGAUCAAGCUCCAUCGUCGGAAGCUCCCUGUUCUCCUCUCUGGCGGGAGGUUAGUUGAAGGCGUAGGGUUGUGGAGGUAUGACUGCGUUGGCAGGGGCAAUACCAAGGAUGAUGCGCCCCAUGCUGGCUCAGAACUACCCACACAGUGGCUUCCCACUGGAAGUCUCAACCCCGUUAGGCCAAGGUAGAAUGAACCAGCUCGGGGGAGUUUUCAUAAAUGGCAGACCUUUGCCCAACCAUAUCCGCCAUAAGAUCGUCGAAAUGGCCCACCAUGGCAUCAGGCCAUGCGUAAUCUCCCGUCAGCUUCGCGUCUCUCACGGUUGCGUUUCCAAAAUCCUCUGCCGGUACCAGGAGACCGGCUCCAUCCGACCCGGGGCCAUCGGGGGAAGCAAACCCAAGCAGGGGACGACACCUGAUGUUGAGAAGAGAAUAGAGGAGUACAAGCGUGACAACCCGGGUAUGUUUAGCUGGGAGAUUCGGGAUAAAUUACUGAUGGAUGGGAUAUGUGACCGGAACACCGUUCCAUCAGUGAGCUCUAUCAGUCGCAUCAUGAGGAGUAAAUUCGGAGGGAAGGGAGAUGACGAUGAUGAUGAAGAUGAAAUCGAGAAAAAGGAAUUAGAAGAACACGAACGGCGGGCCAAACACAGCAUCGAGGGCAUCUUAGGAGACCGAUCGAGCCACUCAGAUGAGGGGUCGGACGUGGAGUCAGAACCGGACCUGCCUCUGAAGAGGAAGCAGCGCCGCAGUAGAACCACCUUCACGGCUGAACAGUUGGAUGAGCUGGAGAGAGCCUUCGAACGAACACACUACCCUGACAUCUACACGAGGGAAGAGCUUGCUCAGAGGGCCAAACUCACGGAGGCCAGAGUACAGGUGUGGUUCAGUAACAGACGAGCCCGGUGGAGGAAGCAGGCUGGAGCUAGUCAGCUCAUGGCCUUCAAUCACCUGAUCCCUGGGGGUUUCCCGCCCUCUGCCAUGUCCAGUCUCUCACCUUAUCAGCUGUCUGACAGCCCGUAUCCCCCUACAUCCAUAUCACAAGCGGUGUCGGAGCAGCCCAGCACCCUGCAUCGGCCCCAACCCCUGCCACCCUCCUCAGGCCACCACCAGAGCUCAGGUGGGGGAGGGCAGGAUGUGGGGUCGGCCUACUGCCUGGCCACUGGACGCCAUGGCUUCUCAGGCUACUCGGACAACUUUGUCACGUCAGGAGGCCCUCCCAACUCCCAGAACCCAUCCAACGGCAAUGGCCUCUCUUCCCAGGUGAUGGGUCUGUUGAACCCAGGCGGAGUGCCCCACCAGCCCCAGAGUGACUACGCCCUCUCCCCCCUGACAGGAGGCCUGGAACCCCCCGGGGGCAUGGGGGCCAGCUGCUCCCAGCGUCUGGAGCACCUCAAGGGUCUGGAGGGCCUGUCCAGUGUCCCCAACAUCCCCAGUCUCCCCUCGCUGCCCAACUCCCAGUCCUACUGCCCGUCCUCCUACAGCGCUCCUGCCUACAGUGUGGACCCUGUGGCCUCCUACCAGUAUGGGCAGUACCACGGACAAAGUAAGGUGCCCUUCAUUAUCUGAGACCUGAGAUCACCUGAGGAUCUGCCCAUCUAAGAACCCCCCUCCACCUCCGGCCCAGCCCAGUCUCCACCUCCGGCCCAUCCCAGUCUCCACCUCCACCUCCGGCCCAACCCAGUCUCCACCUCCACCUCUGGCCCAGCCCAGUC